UUUAGAGCGACGUGGCCUAGCAACCAGAGCGAGGCCGAAACGAGCCAAAGUGAGGCAUUGGCAAAAGAGCUACUGCCUUUCAUUAAAGAUUGGCGGCCAUUGGAGUUCCUUGGAGAAAGAAGACGCAGGAAAAAUCCAAGUAAUCUCCGGCAUCGUCGGGAAUAUAAGACCAUGACAGGCAUCAAGCUUCUUUUUAGUGUAUUUUACAUCAGUUUAGCAUGGAAGUUUUCAACGGGUAGUACCAUCAACGAUAAAAUCGUCAUCUCAAAAGCUGAGAGAGCUAUAGACAUAUCAUCUCAAAUUGCCAAAGUGAGUGCUGAGCUGACGUUAGAAAACACUGGUUCAGAAGCUUGCAGAUCCUUCCUAGUUGCUGUCAGUUCAAAACAAGCUGACCACGUAGCGUAUUUCAGUGCAACGUUGAAAGGCAAGAAUGAAGAAGAUGAUGAGAAAUUGAAGUUCAAGGAAACAACAGUUCCAACAAACAAAAAUGAUCUCUUCUUUGAAGUUGAAUUGUCAUCAGCACUGGCCCCUGGAAAAUCUGCGACUGUCAAUAUUGAGAAGGUCUAUACCCAUAUGUUGACCCCAUACCCAGCAUCAAUUGGUCAGUCAGACAAGCAACUGGUUAUCUUCAACGGAAAUCACUAUAUUUACUCUCCAUACACUAUCAAGACCCAGACAACUACAGUGAAACUCUCAUCAUCAUCUAUUGAGAGUCACAGCAAACUGAAGCCAACAAGUGUCAGCGAAAGUAUUGUCACAUAUGGUCCAUACAAUGAUGUCAAGCCUCUGAGUGUUGAUAGCAUGAAGAUUCAUUAUGAAAACAACUCUCCUUUUGUUUCAGUUGUUGAAAUGACAAGAUUAAUUGAAGUUUCCCAUUGGGGAAACGUUGCAGUGGAGGAGUCUUUCACUAUCAAGCAUGUUGGUGCACUCCUCAAGGGUACAUUUUCAAGAUAUGACUACCAAAGAACACAAACUCAUGCUGCAGUGAAGUCUCUCAAAGUUGCCUUGCCAGCUGCUGCAAAGGAUGUCUAUUACCGUGAUGUUAUUGGCAAUAUUUCAACAAGCAACAUGUUAGUGCAAGAAGAGGCAGUUGAACUUGAACUCAGGCCCAGGUUUCCAUUGUUUGGUGGAUGGAAGACACAGUAUUACAUUGGAUACAAUGUGCCAGCCUAUGAGUACCUGUUUAACAGAGGUGACAACUAUGGACUCAAAAUGAGGUUGAUCGAUCACGUUUUUGAUGACUUUGUUAUUGAGAAGCUAACUGUCAAGGUUGUGCUCCCUGAGGGUGUCAAGGACAUCAAAGUUAAAACUCCUUUCAAAGUAUCAGAAGAAAAAAGAGAAGUUCACCACACCUACUUGGACACUGCUGGCCGACCAGUUGUUGUUUUGAAAAAGGAAAAUGUCGUUGAUAAUCAUAUACAAGAUAUGGAGAUUCAUUACAAGUUCAAGAAAGUGCUGUUGCUUCAAGAGCCGUUGCUCGUUGUUGGUGCUUUCUAUCUUCUGUUCUUGCUAGUCAUCAUCAUCGUGCGCAUGGACUUCUCAAUCACCAAGGAUGCCUCAAAGGAGUCGAAAAUGAAAGCAGCAGGCCUCCUUGAGGAGUUGUCAUUGUUGCUCAAAAAAAGGAGCAAUAUCUCAUCCUUGUAUGACUCCGAGUGUGACAAAUUCAAAUCCUCUCGAGAUGCGCCUGCCUUCAACAACGCUUUGAAGAAACUCAAUGGCGACUAUAAUGCAGCCAAUACCAAAGUGUUGGCACAUCAGGAAGCUCUCGUGAAAGAGGAUCCAGAAAUUGCUGAUAAGCUUCAGGAAUUGCAGAAGAAGGAGACAGAUCUUAAACAGCUGAUCGACCAGUCAGUGGCGCUUGCCCAAAAGGUCGUCAGCAACAAGAUUGGCAAGCAGCAAUACAUAGACAGCAACCAGAACAACCAAGCCAAGCGCGAUCGCAUCUCCGAGGAAAUUGAAGCUAUCAUCGAUUCACUGUAACUCCUAACCACAGUAAUGUUAACGACACAAGAAAGAUGAUAAUUCGUAGGGAAGAUUUCAAAUGAACUUUUUCUGACAGAUAGAAAUACAAUUUUGCAUCUGAUUUAAACUUAGAAACAUUUUAUUCUAUUGUG